AUGGGAAAUAACAACACCAGAGAGGCGCGGGGUCCCGAAUCCUCUUCUGCCAACGCUCGACAGACUGACUCGGCCGGAGUAAGUGGGCCAGCAUCGCCCGCGGAUAGACCUGCGCCAGUGUAUUCUUCGCGCACCGGCAGAGGCAGCAGGCCGGACCUUUCUUUUUUGGGAAUUGGAACCAGCUCUCAGAAUGAAGUACCGGAACGGCGGGAGACAAAGCAGGAACGGGAAGCCCGUAAGCUGGAAAAGGAGAGAGUUGCCAGGGUGAAGGAGAGAGAGAGGAGCUUGAAAGAGGAACAUGUUGAUGGCGGAUAUCUGGUAACGAUGGGCGUGUACACUGGCCCAGAAGACUUCAAUAAGGCGAUUGUGAGGCAGCUGAUGAUUGAAAGAAGGAUGGCUCCCUUUUGGAGAGGACUGGAUGAUUUCAAGGAAGAAUGGACUGAACAUCAAUUGGUUGCUGCUGGCAGAGGUCUUCCCAUUCCUGCUGCGGAUGAGAUACCUUCAGAUGACCUUACACGGCCCCUAUCUCCGGAAUCAGCGAACCCCUCCAACCAUAAUCUCAAUAAUCUCAUGCCUCCUAUAUCAUCACGGUCGCACUCUACGGCUUCUGAUGCUUCCGCAACUCUUUCACCGUCACAUCCAGCAUUCUCCAAUGCGUCUUCCCCUAGCUCUCCGUCCCCUGCACCAGCGCAUUCGUCGUCGCCUUUUCGUCCUCGAUCAAAGACCUUAGCUUCUCUCACGAGUGCUUCAAAAAACACACCCUCGUCUGAAAUCGUUCCCCGCGAGAUUCAGCUUCCUAAGGAUCCAUACGUAAACGGGCAGGCCAUCGAGGUUUACUUGUACAAAGAUUCCGCAGAAUGCCCGAUCUGCUUCAUGUACUAUCCUCCGUAUCUCAACAAGACCAGAUGCUGUGACCAGCCAAUAUGCUCGGAAUGCUUUGUCCAGAUCAAGAGGCCUGAUCCGCACCCCCCGGAGCACCACGACCCUUCGAAUCCGGCACCUCCACCAACAGAAGCAAACGUUGAUUCAGAGGCACUAGUUUCGGAACCUGCCUGCUGCCCAUAUUGCCAGCAACCUGAGUUCGGUGUCACGUAUGAACAUCCACCAUUUAGAAGAGGUCUCGCAUAUGCGAACGCGAACCAGAUUGUGGGCAAUGUUUCUUCAGCCAUGUCAUCAUCCACUUCGAUCAAUUCUACUGGGGCAAGCCCAACACUGUCACCGUCUGCUCAAAGGCGACGAACCAUUUCGCUAUCUGCAAAUGCUUCGACGGUCAUCACGACUGACAAGGUUAGACCGGAUUGGUCCACCAAGUUACAAAGUGCCAGAAACCACUUGGCCAGACGGUCUGCAGCAGCGACUGCCUUACAUACUGCGGCCUACCUGAUAGGAAAUGGAGCCACAGUGGAUCAAAGAAGCUUUGGCUUCAGCGGACGGAAUCGUUUUGGGAGAAGUCACCGCGGUGAAAACAGCCCUGGAACGAGCGGUGCGGCGACUCCUUCCCCAACGACGAAUGAACCUACCCCACGCAGUGUAUCAGAUCAACUUCAUCUAAUGCGUAGAGAGGCACAAGAGUCAGGGGGGGCUAGAAAUCGGAGUAGGAUGGAGGAUCUCGAGGAGAUGAUGAUGAUGGAAGCCAUCAGGCAGAGUCUUGCUGCUGAAGAAGAGAGGAAGAAGAAAAUGGAGAAAGAGGCUGCUAAGGAAGCUAAGAAGAAGGCCAAAGAGGACAAGAAAAAGGAAAAGAAGGAGAGGAGAGUGUAUGGAAGUGGAGCAAGUUCUGCUAGUGGGAGUGCCUUAUCCUUGUCCUUGCCAAGUUUAAGCAUUGGUAGGCGAAGGGGCAAUAGCGGUGCAAGCAAUCUUCAGAGAGAGGUUACACUCGAAGAUCACGAGGUGCCAGAGUCGAAAGGAAAGGGUGUGGACCGUAGUCCUCCAAGUGCUCCAUCAGCAUCCAGCAGUUCUGCACCUAUAGACUUCCCAGGAUCAGCAAGUGGCUACGGCAUACCUGGCGCAAGGCAUCUCGAUACAAGCACCCUUGCAGCUAUUAACGACUCACAUCAAUCUUCAGCUUCUCCUACAGCUCCAGACAGACCUUCUCAUCUCCGCCAGAUGAGCAAUGCCUCAAGUCCUGCUUCAUCUUUUGUCGAGUCGGUACCUGGCAGUCUCCGGAACGAAUUCAAUACUCAUGGCUCUUCAUCCACAAUCGACUCGCCCAAUGCCUCUGGAGUCAAUCUAACAGCAGGCAAUACCAGCACAGAUGGUGGGGAUGCAGGUCCAGACUCACUUUUCAAUUUCCAAAGUCUUGCAACUAUGAUUUCCCAGGAUAGCAAGGAAGACAAGGAGGAUGCUGCCAGACACAUUGAACAUCUUGAUGGAGAAACUUCAAGGCAGAACAUUAAUGCUCAAAAUUCAGCUGGCACAUUGGAGGAGAGUGUUGCCACAUUGAAAGUUAACGGUUCGGCCGACACAAAUGGUGAUACUAUCAGUCCCGCUCAGCUUGAGCAAGAACGCACUACUCCGGAAGUUAUGAUCACUCCCGAAACCCCAGCGGCAAGAGAUCACGGCGAUGAUGACGGAAAGCAACUCGGCUGGUCUGCAGACUCAACUGCGCGAGAGAUAACCCAAUGA